UUCACAUGCUAUUGCAUAAAACCAAUGGCACCAAUCAGAACAAGAAACAUGAAAAGGAGCAGAAACCUAAUCACAUGAAUAUAUUUGGGUGUGAAGAAGUGUUCCCACUUGUCAACAUGGCUUCAAAAAGUGGCAUUUGUAUAAGUGUGUAAGCUAAAAACAAAAACGAAACUGUGAACAGAUAUUAAGAAAAAGAAAAGGAGGAAUAACGAAAAGAUAGAUGGAGAAGAAAUGUCUAGAGCCUUAUCCGCAACAAAAGCAAUCACAUAUCAAUCUCAAGAACCUUCCUCCAAUAAAUCCACCCACUACUUCCAUACCCUACUAUCAGGUUAAGAGAAACAAAACAAUUACCAGAUAUGUACCUAAAGUUGCUAAGCCAAGACCUGAAGAAGAGGGAGGAGUGAAGGCGGUGAAAUUUGAUCAUGAAGCAAAUACAAAAGCAGAUAUAUUAGCUGAACAAGAAGAAAUUGAUGAUCUUUCUUCGGUUUGUGCUAUCAAGCAUAUAGACUCUAACAACUUUGUUAAGAAGACUCAUAGCAAGCUGAAUUAUGAAGGCAGUGAUAAUAGAGUCUUGGUUGAUAAAUCAAGUGAACUAAAAAGGGUAUCGGCUAAAUCACAAUUGCAUGAGAUUUGUGUAGCAAACAAUUGGAAGCCUCCUUUAUAUGAAUGUUGCAAAGAAGAAGGGCCUUGCCACCAGAGAUUGUUUACAUUUAAGGUUAUUGUGGAGAUGAUAGGAGCAGAAUAUAUAGUUUUAGAGUGUUAUGGUAUCCCUAAGAUCAAAAAGAAGACAGCAGCAGAGCAUGCAGCUGAAGGGGCAUUGUGGUACUUGAAGCAUCUUGGUUAUUUUCCAAUUAACAAGUGGGACAAAAAGAAAAAAUAAAUAAUUGAUAAUUACAUUUUAAUAAUCACAGCUUGGUCAUGAACUUGUACGUAAGUGAGACUGAAAGCAAUUGCUGAAUACCUGUCCUUUGGUUUUGGAGUA